AUGCGGCGCGCCAGCCGAGACUACACCAAAUACUUGCGCGGCUCCGAGGAGGUGGGCAGCGGCACCGCCCACGAGAGCGCCCCGCCGCCGCCGCCAGCGCCUCCGCUGCCGCCACACCCGCACCCGCCGCCCGCCUCGCGCUCGCUUCUGGCCGCCCUCGUCCUGUUGGGGCUGGGACAGGUGGUCUGCAGCGUCGCCCUCUUCCUCUAUUUCCGAGCUCAGAUGGACCCUAGUAGAAUUUCAAAAGAAGAUGCACACUGUGUCAGAAUGCUUUUCAGAUCUCAAGAGAGUAUAGACAUGCAAGACAUGCCCUUUGAAAAUCAAGAGGUAAAGUUAAUGCCAGAACCAUGCAGAAGGAUGAAGCAGGCUCUCCAAAGAGCUGUGCAGAAGGAAGUCCAGCGUAUUUUGGGAAAAGAGCCACCAAGACCAGAAAAAGCUGCAAUGGAGGCAAUAGGAAUGGAACUGUACAGGAGAAAUAAGCCAGAGAAGCAACCUUUUGCCCAUCUCAUUAUUGAUGAUAAGAAUAUUCCAACUGGAACUCGCAAAGUGAACCUUACAUCUUGGCAUCAUGACAAAGGCCAGGCAAACUUAUCAAAUAUGACGUUCAGUGAUGGGAAGCUGAUUGUUAAUCAAGAUGGAUUUUACUACCUUUAUGCCAACAUUUGUUUUAGGCAUCAUGAAACUUCAGGAAAUCUGACUAAAAGAGGGCUUCAGCUGAUGGUGUACAUGACUAAGACAAACCUUAAAAUAAGGCGCUCUGAUGUGUUGAUGAAGGGAGGAAGCACCAAAUACUGGUCAGGGAAUUCAGAAUUUCAUUUUUAUUCUGUAAACAUUGGAGGAUUUUUAAAAUUAAAAACUGGCGAUAUGAUAAGUAUCCAGGUAUCAAACCCAUUGUUACUGGAUUCAUCACAAGAAGCAACUUACUUUGGGGCAUUUAAAGUAAGGGAUUUAGACUGAAUCUUUUAAGUGUACUGAAAUAUUGGGGGGGUGGGGGCUUGUGGUCCAGACACAACUUGAAGACAGAGAUGAAAAUCUUUUGCAACGCAAUUGCAUCUGUAUAAAACAUAUAUCUCUAAAGACACGUUUUGCCCUGUGCUGAUUCUAGCAACAGUUCCAUAAAUCAAGGAUAUAAUAAUAUAGAUCUCCUGAUUCAGUCUUAUGCUAAUUUUACUUCCUAUGUUUCCAUUGGCUUUGGUAGAAUUAUGAUUUUACACUGAUUUUACUGAAAGUAGAGCAAUUAAUAUUACUCUGUUUCCACACCCUGACUGUACUUUAUAGCCUGUGCUACUCUUGCAAGUAUUGGCACAAACAGGGCAGGGCAGAAACUGGCUUCCAGAUUGAGUUUGAUGCUCAGAUUUGCUUGGGGCUGGGUGUUCUGACCCUGAGACAGCAAAGAUUGUGAACGUAUGACUAAUUCCAUUGCAUUUGAUGUGGUUUUUCACAUGUUUAGUUAAGCAUGUUCUUGCUUUGCUGGAUUAAGGUUGGAGCUUUCAAGCCCUGGCAGAAAUGAGUUGUACAACACCUAAACAGUUCAAAUUAAGUUUUUAUCUGACUAAAAGGGCUAUUCCAGGAAGGAGGAAGAUCAUCUGGCCUUGCAGUUCUACAAGGUUAAUUACAGGUCAUUCUUAUUGUUGCACAGCUAAUUGCAAAUACAGAUUGCCAAAGUACAGUAUGCCUUUAAAGUAUUACAUUGUGCCAGAACCUGCAAAGACAUUUUUUAGACAAAAAAAAAUAUGUAUUUUUAUAUUCUGUAAUAUCUAAAGUUAUAUUUCAGGUGUAAUGUUUUGUGUAAAGAAAAAAAAAUGUAAAUUAUAUUGUCCUAUAGUAUUUGAUACGAGAUAUUUAAAUUCUCUUGCUGUUUGUAUAUUUAAUGUUUUAUACUGUUUUUAAUGUACAGACAUGUUAAACUAGUGCACUUUUUAAUCCCAAUGGGAAAAACUGCAGCUAAAAGAGGUUGUUUGCAAUUAGCAAAUGUAAUAUAUCUUUGUUCUUUUUAACUUAAUAGAUUUCUGUUAAACUUGUCAGUAUUACUGGGAGGAGAGGAGGGUAUUUCACACCAAAAUCAUGAGUAGUCACACCAGAAUGCUGGUCACUGGGUGUCUUUCCAACCUGGAGGGUAAUUAACAUUACGAAGCUGGCAUGACAUUAAAAAAAAAAAAAAAAAAAAGCCACA